AUGAGUUGGUGGAAUUCCUUGGAGAAGGCAGGGAACAUAUCAAAAAUUGCAAUCACAGCCCUUAAAAGCGCUCAGCAAAAAAUAGAUGAAGUCCUUGAUAUUACGGAUGAGGCCUCUAAUCCGGAAUAUUCAACUGAUCAAGGUAUCGAAGCUGAAGCAUCUGCGUCUGUCGAAAUAAGUGGAUCAAGUCACAGUCAGCCGGAAUUGACGGAAUCAGAGCAUGAAGUAAACAGAAAUUGUGAAGAUUUGGAGAAAUCUUGUUUAACAGGAGUGACAAGUCAUCACUCGUUUAUUAAUGGUUCUCUGGAAACAGUAAUUUCUGAUCAAUCAGAUAAUGUCGUACCAAGUUGUUCUAACAUAUCACUGAUUGAUGAGAACAUUAAAACUGAUGAACUGGAGGUAAUGGAUUCUACAUUGGUUAAAGAUUGUCCUACUAUCACUGAACAACAAACAUCACAAGAUUCGUGCGAACCAAAGUGUAAUGUACUAGGAAUAACAAUUCCUUCGGAAUAUGUUACACAACAAUCAUCUGUUGAUGUAAAUUCACACUUAUCAAUUCCAGAAAAGGGAUUUCAGUUAAUAGAUAAAUCACUUUCAAAUGAAGAUGCAAUCUCUUUAUUUCAUUCCUCAUCUGACUUAGUGUUACCGUUCGCUGCACAACCAUUAUUUGCCGAUGACGAUUUUGAUACCAAUACCACAAGUUCAGAUAUUGAAGUAAUUUCAUGCUGUAAUUCUACAAAUGGUAGUGAAGUCCAUGCGUUACAUGCUUCCAAUGUACCUACUACUAUGUUUCCUACUAACGAGCCAGCUUUGGCGGAAGGAUUCAAUCAAUAUCCUCAUGUUUUGCAAAAUUAUCCUCUUGGGGUAGUUAGUGCACCAGUUGUCUUAAACAAAUGUUCUGGCCGCUUCGGAAACCUUAAAUCUGCUAGUGUUUCGCAAGAUUUAAAUAUGGAUUUACCUAGUGCUGUUGACGACGAUUUGACGUUUGCUUACAAUGAACUCGCUAAGAAAUUCUCCGAUGUCAAAGAUUUAUUAAAUAUUCGCGAAGCAAAAAUUAUGCAACUUAGCCAUGAGAACAAUCUAUUACAGAAUUCAGUCUUAACAUUGCAAGAACAAUUAAAAACAACACUGUCCACACAAGCAGUUGGUACUGCUGAUGUAUCCAGUAUUACUUCAGAGUUUUCUCAACGUUUAGCAGAUACAGAGAAACGAUUACAGCUUGUUAAUCGUGAACGAGAUCAGUUGAAAAAAUCUUUAUCUUCAAUGAAGCAGAAAGUUCCUAUGAUAACACGUGCUGUAGGCAAUGAUAAACCUUUUAUAAAUAAUGAUUUAAAACGUAUCGAUGAAUUAGAGAAUGUAGUUUUGCAGAAAAAUGAAGAAAUCGAAAAUUUAUUAAAAGAAGGUCAUAAAUUAUCUGCCGAUCAAUUGAAAACAAAUAAUCUAUUAAAAAAGCUUCGUUCAGAACAGAAAGAAAGUAAACAGACAGAAUCAUUGCAUUUGAAACAAAUUGAACAAUUAACUGCUGAAGUUCAACGAUUACGCAACAAUUUAGAAAAUAAAGAAGAGAUAAUUGGUACUCAACUAGCUAAUUCUGCUAAACAGAUGAAAAUGUUAAACAGUUUAGAAGAACAACAAGAAAUUCUUAAGAUUCAAAUCAGUAAGCAUGAAAUUAAAAUAUCUGACCAAACACAAGAAUUGGAGACUCUCAUCAAUGAAAAUUCCGAAUUGAAAGAACAGUUGAAUCAAGCUCAGUAUAAUUCAAAAGCUGAAACUCAAUGUGUGGAAGAUUUAGAAAAAGCAAAAACGGAAUGUGAAACUUUAAAGCAAAAAUUGGACAGCACUUCAAGAGAUUUACGUGCAUUUAAAGCACAGCAUGAAGAACAAGCGAUUAAAUGGAGGGAAGAAAUUCAGUAUUAUCAGGGUUUAUUGUCAGAUGCUCAAAUGAAAAUUGAUCUAUUGAAUGAAACAACGACUAAUGCCACACAACCAAUUAUGAAACAAUUAGAAAUUCUUCAAUCUAAUUUCAAUAAACAAACAUUUGAUUGGGAAAUGAAAGAAAAACAAUUCAACAAACUAUUAGCUGAAUAUAAACUUACAAUCGAUAAUACUCAAUCUUCUGAAGAAACAUGGCGAAAUCAGCUUCAAACAACAGAGGAUAAUUUAGCAAUAACCAGAUCAGAACUGAAUUCUUUAAAGCAGAAAUACAUUGAUUUAGAGAAAAUAGUUACAAUGGAACAAGAAAACUCACGGUGUAGCAUGUUGGAUUUACAAGAAUUAACUGUCAAACUAGAAGCAUCCAAUGCGGAAGCGAAUAAAUUUCAUUGUCGUGUAAAUGAAUUGCAACAAAUAUUACUUGCUGAAGAGCAACGUUAUAAAGAAUUAGAAGCGGUAAAUAAUAAUUUACACUUACAACUAGAGCAAAUGAAAUCAGCAAAAGAUCAAUAUGUAUCAAAUGAAUUCAUGCAUCAGCAGUUGAAUACACAUUCUACUGAUCGAAGAUCUUCAUUCAACAAUGAAGUGGCCUCACCUUUGUCCAGUGCUCCAAAAACACUUCAACUUUCGUCUGAUGUAGUCAAUCAAGCUUCUAUGGAAUAUAUUCAAUCUUAUCUACAUUUACGUGAAGGUGAAUGUGCUCAUUUGAAACGUGAAAUUGAACAAUUAACAUCUACUCAAGAAAAAUUGUUAGCUGCUGUUGCUAAGCAAACAGCUCGAGCUGAUAAAUAUGAAAAAUUAGCAGGUGUAAAAUAUUCAAAACAUACAAAUCAAAAUUUAUCACAAUCAAAUUCCUCUUCUCCUGCUACAAAUAAUUACACUAAUCAUCAUAAUUUUGAUGAUAUAAUUGACGACAAUGAUCCUACUAUGGAAUUACAACAACGUUAUGAAACUUUAUUGGUUUUAUGCGGUAAAUUAACAGAAGAAAAUAAUGAACUUAAAUUAGAUUUAGCUGAUGUGAAAGAAAUGUAUAGAGCUCAGAUUGAUAUGCUUUUGAAAGACCACUAG